AAAUCGCGCCGCCAUGGGGGACGUUCAUGAGGUGCCGCGGCCGCGCAUCGCUACCGCCCACCUGGCGCAGAACAUCGGGAAGCCCGUCUGCUUCGUGGGCCGCGUCGAGAAGAUUCAUCCCACCGGGAAGUUUUUCGUGCUUUCGGAUGGAGAAGGAAAACAUACGACUGUGGAGCUGAGCGAACCUCUAGAUGAAGAGAUCUCAGGAGUUAUUGAAGUAGUGGGCAGAGUAACACAUCAGGCAACCAUCAUGUGCAUGUCAUACGUCCAGUUCAGAGAAGAUAAAAGUCCGUUUGAUCUGGAACUCUACAAUGAAGCACUAAAAAUUAUUCACGAAUUUCGUGACUACUUCCCAUUUGGCACCGACAAGAACAACUGA